AUGACUUUCAAAAGACAUCAAAGAAUGUGUCAACGAAUUAAUGAGGAAAAUCAGUUAGAUGACUAUAAGGUAAUUUUUAAGCAAUGGGAAGACCUAAAAAUAAUUGAAGAGGUUCCUGAAACUGAAAUUGAUAAUUUGAGUUAUUAUUUGCCCCAUAGACCUCUUAUAAGGCGUACUAGCCAGACAAUGAAGGUAAGGCCGGUGUUCGACGCUUCAGCCCGAGAGAGAAAUCAACCAUCCCUAAAUGACUGUUUAAAUAGAGGGCCGAAUUUAAUUGAACUCAUACCUGAUAUAAUUGACAGGUUUAGAUUGUAUUCCGUUGGUUUAUCAUCCGAUAUAGAGAAAGCGUUUCUUCAGCUGAGUAUUAUCCCAAAACGUAGAGAUUAUUUGAGGUUUUUUCUUCCAACUCUUGAAGAACCUAUGAUUUACAGACACUGCAGAGUGGUGUUCGGCGUUUGUUCGUCUCUGUUCCAACUCUUUGCAUCUAUAGAGCAUCUGUUGAAUAAUUCCCCUGCCGAUUUUGACGAUGUGACCCAAAAAUUAAAGCAUUCGUUUUAUGUUGACAAUUGUGUCACUGGGGUUCACGAUAUCAAACAGCAAGAAAGUUUUAUAACUAAGGCUACAGAAGUAAUGGCUCAGGGAAACCUACGGGUUGGGAAAGUAAUGUUCCAGGUCAUUGUAUUUCCCGUAGUUCAGGUAUAA